AUGGUUUGGAGGAAGGAAUACCUGGAUGUAGCCUUAGUCCCAAGUGGAUUACUGAUCAUGGUUUGUUAUCAUCUCUACCUUCUCUACAGAUGCCUGAAAUUUCCUGAGAAGACAGUUAUUGGUUAUGAGAAUCACUGCAGAAAAGCUUGGGUUGAAAAAAUGGUACAGAUUGAGGCUACGGAUAGAGGUUUUGCACUAGGAGUCAUCAAUGGUACAAUUUCAGCAUCAACUUUCCUGGCCUCGACAUCUCUCGCUCUGAGCUCUCUGAUUGGAGCAUGGAACGGCAGCUCUUCAAAUAACAUCUUCACAAAUAUUCUUAUCUAUGGCGACACAAGCUCAUCCAUUGUUACUAUCAAAUAUAUCAGCCUUAAUAUUUGCUUCUUGUUGGCUUUCGUUUGUUUUCUUCAAUGUGUAAGAUGCUUUGUCCAUGCAAAUUUCCUUAUCAGCAUGCCAAACACAGAUAUUCCUGUGACGUAUGCACAGAAGGCAGUGAUAAGAGGAAGCAUUUUCUGGUCAAUUGGAUUGCGAGCAAUCUACUUUGCCACUACUUUGCUAAUGUGGAUUUUUGGUCCAAUACCAAUGUUGGCAGCUUCUGUAAUUAUGGUGAUUGUUCUGCACAUUCUUGACUCAAAUUCUAAUCCAUUGCACCCGUUUGAACCUGCCAAGAAUCCUAACCCAUUCAAGAGGAUUGGUGAGGAAGUUACUACAGUUGCAAGGGUUCUUGAACUCCAUGAGAUGGUGCCAGGUAAUGGAAGCAACACUCCGGAUAUGAUCAGCAAUAAUAAUCACCUUCAAGAAUGACCAAAGAUACAAAGA